UUUCCUGCCAAGCACUCUCAGGCUAGCAGUGCUUCCUGUGGCAGCACCGAAACAGAUACAUCGUUGAAAAUUCAGAGAAAGCUCAAAAUCUUUCCACGGUCUGAAUUCACGUCUUUGGAUAAAUCGCAAAGAGAAGUCCGUGUUGCAGUGCAUGUGCCUAUCCUGUUGACCUUGGCAAUCUCUUGGUAGUGGAGCUUGCCCUGACGCUCCUGUGAUUGGUUGUUAUACCAAGCCGCUUGACUGUCAAUCAACGUUGGAAGUUCGGUCUCUCUGAUCGGUGCCAGCAUUUCCUCCUACUUAAUUUAUCUUCUCCGGUAUUUUGCAAGGUGGAAAAAUGACAUCUGCUCCACACAACUUUUCCUGGAUUGAACCAAAUAAAUUAGCAGGAAUGGCCUUGCCACGUUUACCUGCCCAUUAUCAAUAUUUGUAUGACAAUGGCAUUCGACAUCUAGUUACACUUUGUGAAAGAAAGCCACCAUAUCAUGACACCUUACCAGCAAUAAAGAUUCAUCAUAUAAGGAUCUAUGACUUUUGUUCGCCUUCUUUUGAACAAAUCAACAAAUUUCUUUCAAUUGUUGAAGAAGCCAAUGCAAAGGGUGAAGGAGUUGGAGUCCAUUGCCUUCAUGGUUUUGGGAGAACUGGAACAAUGCUUGCCUGUUAUCUUGUAAAAAGUAGGAAAAUAACAGGCGUUGAUGCAAUUGAAGAAAUACGAAGAAUUCGCCGCGGUUCAAUAGAAACGAGUGAACAAGAGAAAACGGUUAUACAGUUUCAUCACCAUAUAAAAUAAGAAUUUCUCAUUGCCAGCUAAAGAUUUUUAUCUCUUACAAACUCAUUAUUUUAUAAUAUGGAAACCUUCAACCUCAGAAACUGGUCUAGCACUUUUUAAGAAUGGACAUUUCUAAUGCACUUAUAUAAAUCAAGUGACAAGUUUUGUUUUAAUAAACUUCCUGUGAACUUCUCUGUAAAUGUUACUUAUUUUUGUUCUACAGUAGAUGCUUUGACUAGUUGCAUCAGAACAAAGCUCACUGCUGAAAUGUGUCCUGACCUAUAAUGUUAUUUGUUGUCUCCUUGCACUUGACGACAUAGAAGCUAAGAUUUGUUGCAAAAUAUGUAAAGUAAAUCACUGUAAAUGCUUUAAUAUAUAAUUAUAGCCCAGAAAAAAAUGAUUAAAUGUGCCAAGAUAGUUUGCUUCCAAAGAGGCAGUAAAAUAUACUUUGCUGAAAUCUGACCAUUUUAAAUAAAUGUUUUUUUUCUCUGCUUGAAGAACUAUAGGACAAAUUAGAAGAAUAAAAUAAUUGCCACUGUUGCCAUUAUCACUUCAUGCAAUCAACCAGUGCUGAAUUAAAGCUCUUUGUGUUAGUACUACCCUGAUAGUAUGGUGCUUUGCAAUAUAUACAGUGUGUAUAAAAAGUACCCCCCCCCAGAAGUUUUUAUGAUUUAUUGUUUUACAACAUUGAAUCACAGUGGAUUUAAUUUGGCUUUUUUGAUACUGAUCAACAGAAAGGGAUUAUUUUGUGUCAAUGUGAAAGCAAAUGAUCCACAUUAAUUACAAAUAGAAAACACAAAAUAAUUGAUUGCAUAAGUAUUCACCCACUUUAAUAUGACACAUCAAAUCAUAACUCAAGCAGCCAAUUGGUUUUAAGAGUUAUAUAAUUAGUUAAAUGGAGAUCACCUGUGUGCAGUUAGGGUGUUUCAAUUGAUUAUAGUGAAAAUACACCUGGAAGUUCCAACUGCUGGUGAGUCAGUAUCCUGACAAAAACUACAUCAUGAAGACAACAGAACACUCCAAGCAACUCUGCAGAAAUGUUAUUGAAAAGCACAAAUCAGGAGAUAAAUAUGAGAAAAUUUCCAAGUCAUUGAAUAUCCCUUGGAAUAAAUCAAUCAUCAAGGAAUGAAAAUAAUAUGGCCCAGCUGUAAAUCUACUUGGAGCAGGCCAUCCACAAACACUGAAUGACCGUGCAAGAAGGGGACUAGUGAGGGAGGCCACCAAGAGACAUAUAAUGACAGCAGGAGUUACAAACUUCAGUGGCUGAGAUGGGAGAGACUGCACAUAAAACAACUGUUGCUCAAUUGCUUCACCACUUGCAGCUUUAUGGGAGAGUGGUAAAGAGUUUAAAAAAACAUGAAAUCGCAGUUAAAGUUUGCUAGAAAGCCUACAGAAGACUGAAGUCAGCAGGAAGAAGGUUCUAUGGUCUGAUGAAACCAAAAUAGAGCUUUUUGACCAUUAGACUACAUCAUGAAAACUACACCACACCUACUGUGAAGCACGGUGGUAACUGCAUCAUGCUGUGAGGGUGCUUCUGUGCAGCAUUCCCUGGAAGGCUUGUGAAGGUAGAGGGUGAAAUGAUUGCAGCAAAAUACAGGGAAAACCUGAGAUAGUAUGCAAGGGAACUGCAAUUUGGGAGCAAAUUUGUGUUCCAGCAAGACAAUGACCCCAAGCAUAAAGACAAAGCUACAUGGGAAUGAUUUAAAAGCAACAAAAUUAAUGUCCUGGGUUGGCCAUGUCAGAGUCCAGACUUCAAUCCAAUUGAGAAUUUUGGCUGGACUUGAAAAGGGCUCUUUACUCAAUGGACCCAUGCAAUCUGACAGACCUUGAGCCAUUUCUUAAAGAAGAACGGGGAAAAAUUGCAAUAUCCAGGUGUGCAAAGCUGAUAGAGACCUAUCCACAAAUACUCACGGCUGUGAUUGCUGUCAAAGGUGCAUCUCCUAAAUACUGACUUGAAGGGGGUGAGUAAUUAUGUAAUUAUUUUGUGUUUAAUAAUUGUACUAAAUUGAGACCAAUUUGUUUUCACUUUGCCACAAGGGUAUUUUUCUGUUGAUUAGUGUCGAAAAAAGCCCAAUUAAAUUUACUGUGACUCAAUGUUGUAAAACAAUAACAUGAAAACUUCUUUUGUGGGGGGGGGGGGGUAAAUACUUUUCAUAGGUACUGUAUUUUAAAGCGAUGUAUUCAGUGCAAGCUCACUUGGAUUUUAUUAACUAAUAAUUGCCUCUAAAAAUAUAGCAUUGAUGGAAUAUCAUCUACAUGAAAUAUUAGCUGUGAUUAUGUCAUAGCUAUUUGUUACAACAUGGUUACAGGUAUAUUAUUCCUUUGGAGCCUGUCUCCCACCACACUGAAUAAAGGGGGUGUCUUCGUGCAAAGUCUGUUGCAUUCAUAAAACAGAUUUGAUUGCUAGUGAGGCCCUGCUCUUAGGCAGGCCCGCCAUCUGUUAAUUUUUUUUUAAAUGUCCACAGUCAGUAAUUAUAUCUCAUGCAACUUAAGCCCAGUAUCGUUGGUGACUAAAUGUGAAACACAGUACAGCACAGGAACAGACCCCUUUGGCUUAUGAUGCUUGCAUUGAAUUCACUGCCAAAUUAAACUAAAUCUCUUUUGUCUGCACGUAAUAUAUAUUCCAUCAUUCCUUGCAUAUUCACAUGUCUGUGCAACAGCCUCUUUAGCAACUACAAUCGUAUCUGCUUCCACCACUCACCUGGUAGCCUGCUCUAGUAAAAUGUCAAUUAAAAUUAAAUGUAAAAUUCCGGUUGGAAAAUUCUUAAUCAACAGCUGCUUACACAUUUUGAGGAUAUGCCAAAGAAUAGAAGUUCUCAGCACAGAGAUCAUGAAAUCUUUGUGGGGAAUUAUGUUUCCCCCUGGUUACUAUGAAUUACGGUUGUAUCACCAGUGCUCGGUUAUUAGUGCUCUUCAGAAUGGUUCUCAUGGUUCUGUCAGGUUUGAAUUGAUAUGUUGGACUCUUAUUUGUUUGAAGAUUAAAUUGAGUGGUUGCUCUCGCAG